AUGUCAAUAUUUGAUACUGUUUUAAUACUACAGGGAAAAACUGACAUUAAGAGCAUAUACUUGGUCAAGAACGCUGAGAAGUAUGCAGAGGAGGACAGGAGGAGAAAGGACCGUGUGGAGGCCGUCAACAUGGCUGAGGGCAUCGUCCAUGACACAGAAUCCAAGAUGGAGGAAUUCAAGGACCAGCUUCCUGCUGAUGAGUGCACCAAGCUGAAGGAGGAGAUCUCAAAGGUCCGAGAUCUUCUGACCAACAAGGAAUCAGAAACAGGGGACAACAUCAAACAGGCAGCCACCAACCUGCAGCAGGCAUCACUUAAACUCUUCGAAAUGGCCUACAAGAAGAUGGCGGCAGAGCGGGACAGUAGCAGCAGCAGCAGCAGCUCGGGCUCAUCAGAGGGAGAGAAGAAAGAAGGCCAGCAGUAAACCUUUGCACUUGUGUGUCACUGGGUUUCCGUGACAACGGAGGACUGUCUAGCUCGGCGGUGGACUGGGUGGGGAAGGUGGCAGUCUUGAGUGACGAGCUGAAUCUUAGUCAUUCUCACCAUAAUAUAUUAUUCUACUGUGUUUUGGCAGUAAAAUUCUCUAGUGAAAAGAUAAAUGUCCAUGUAUGCUCCUCCGUGUCCUAUGAUGUCUGUCUGUAAUUUAAUUAUGUCAAAACAAUGUCUUGUAUGUUUAUUUUUACAACACUGUUGAUUUACAUUCUGAGCAAGUAAAGGUUCUUUUUUUGUCU